AAGAUGCGGCCUCUGGGCCGUCUCAAGACUGCUUACGUUUUUUUUCUGAAGAGGACACUGCAGGGAGACUUUGCUAGCUCAAGCAAAUAUAGUGCUCAUUGGAUGAAGUGUGCACAAGAGGAACAUUUUUUUUUAAGUGUUACGAGUCAGCCCUUUAAAGCACUCGGUCAAAGAAGUCGAACAGGACUCCAGUGCUUUUGACAAUCUGCUGCAAAGCUUUAGCAAAAGUAACCAAACAGUGGCAAGUGUUUCAAACCCAAACGUAUAGAGUGCUGUUAUUUCAAUAAUCACAAAAGAAUGCCGGACAAAAUUUUCCUCUGGCCUUUACUGUUAAUUUUUCUGCUCUGCAACUUCCCUCCAUGCUACAGCCGGGCUCAGAAAGCACCCCGGAGAAGGGGAACGGCAGGAGGAUUGAACCUUCUGAAGCUUGCCACCUGUUGCGAAGAGGUGAAGGAGCUGAAGAUUCAGGUGGCCAACCUGACAGGCUUUGUCGCUGAGCUUAACAGGAAGCAGGAGACCGACUGGAUAAAUGUCGUCAUGCAGAUGAUGGAAGUCGAAAACAACUGUCGUCAGAUUGAAUCUCGCAUUACAGAAGCUGAAGGAAAAUACUCGGAAGUGAACAAUAGGAUAGACAUUAUUCAGCUUCAGGCAGCUCAAACUGUUACAGAGACAUCAGCGGAUGCUACGUAUGACUGCAAUGCACUGUACCAGAAAAAUUACCGAAUAUCUGGCGUGUACAAACUGCCGGCAGACGAGUUCCUGGGAACUCCAGAACUUGAGGUGUACUGUGACAUGGAAUCUGGAGGUGGUGGCUGGACCGUUAUACAACGUCGCAAGGCUGGCCUAACCUCUUUUAAUCGUGACUGGAAACAGUACAAACGAGGAUUUGGGAACAUACGUGGGGACUUCUGGUUGGGAAAUGACCAUAUUUUUCGAUUAACCAGACAACCAAGCAUACUCAGGAUAGACAUGGAGGACUGGGAAGGACAGGCUCGGUAUGCAGAGUACAGCUAUUUUUCAAUAAGCAACGAAGUAAACAGCUAUAAAUUACUAAUUGGAAACUACAAUGGGACAGCUGGACGGGACUCCCUCAGGUACCACAACAACACAGCUUUCAGCACAAAGGACAAAGACAAUGACAAAUGCGUAGACGACUGCGUACAAUUCCGCAAAGGAGGUUAUUGGUACAACUGCUGCACAGAUUCUAAUCUGAAUGGAGUUUACUAUCGCCAAGGGUACCAUACCCACAACUCUGAUGGCAUUACAUGGUACGGCUGGCAUGGUUCGAGUUAUUCACUCAAGUAUGUGGAAAUGAAGCUUCGCCCACAAAACUUCAAGCCUUAAGACCUACAAUAUGCCCACGACUUCAUUAAUGAGAAACUUAAAACCGUCACCAUUCAUUGAAGGAUUUGUCUUUGCAAAACCUUGGGCACCUUCAUAGACAGUUCUUUGUCCUUUCACUAAUUACACACAGAUGGUUAGAAGCCCAAAAGAGCAUCAAUAUAAAGUGAAUGAAAAGCGCUAGAACCCACAAUAGGUCUUUGCAAUUUACAGCAAAAUUAAAUAAGUACGAUUUUGGUGGGGGGAAAUAACUACAGUAAUCUCACUGUAGUCUUCAGUGGAAUAAAAUAGUGGAAAUUAAUUUUGCAAUCUGGAAAACAGCUACUUUAGGAAUUAGAUACUAUGUAACUCCAAAGAGUAUAUUGAAAAAACUUCAAUAUUAUCUUAAUUUUUUUUCAUAAUACAUUUCAACAAAGUGAAAUGAGUUGUUCUGCUUUCCCAGCAACCCAAUGCCACAUGUACAUAGCAACUGGCAACUCCAAAUCAAGUUUUAUAAGAAAAAUAUUUUUUUCAGUAGCAUUUUAGUCUUUUGUAUCAAUUAGAUUAUUUGGAAAGCGUUUGAACUGUAAGCACUAGACAAGAUAUUUACUCUGUUAAAGAUGUUUUACAAAUGCAAGUUGUUACUGUUUGUGAUGGAACCUGAACUGAUCAAAUGUUACUCGUUUCCUCUUUGUUGCAUCAAACUUGCAUCAGAAAAAGAAAAGUAUUCUCAAAAUGUUCCAGUUAAAGAAGUGUCUAUUUUGUAUGUUCAUUAAGAAGCCAUAUAUAUAUAAACAAUAAAUGCAGUUCUUAAAAAAA